GGCCUGAUAGUUCCGGGGAUUGGUUAAGGAAAAGGCUCCUAGUCUCCAUUUCCCAUUUUAAAUCGGAAGUAGGUUUCCCGUGACACGGAAGCCCUCCAGCAGGGACAAGGAGUUUCUUCCUCGCUAAACCCGCCUGGCCAGCCCCGGGCCGCAGGGGACCACUGAGCACAGGGCCCCGCCCUGAUCUCCCGGGGUUUUGCGCGCGAACCGGAAGUGGCCGGAGCCUCCCGAGCGCGCCCUGCGCGACUGGCCUGCGCCGCUGUCGUUCCGCGCUCGGAGAGGAAGUGGCUGAGCGCCGUGAGGCGGGCAGGAGCGGCCGGAGCGAAAGUUGCGGGCUCCAGAGCUGGCGGCGGGUACCAUGGAGCCGAGCCCCACUUUGUCCCCCGGCCCUUCCGACUCCUUCAAGGAGGAGCUGCUCUGCGCCGUCUGCUACGACCCCUUCAGCGACGCCGUGACUCUGCGCUGCGGCCACAACUUCUGCCGCGCGUGCGUGACUCGCAGCUGGGAGAUGCAAGUGGCGCCCGCCUGCCCGGUGUGUAAGGACCGCGCGGUCCCCACCGACCUGCGCACCAACCACACCCUCAACAACCUGGUGGAGAAGCUGCUGCGCGAGGAGGCCGAAGGCGCGCGCUGGACCGGCCACCGCUCCCCGCACCUCUGCCGCCUGCAUCGCGACCAGUUCAGCCUUUUCUGCCUCGACGACAAGGAGCUGCUGUGCUGCUCGUGUCAGGCCGACUCCCGGCAUCAGGGGCACCGCGUGCAGCCAGUGAAGGACACUGCCCACGACUUUCGGGCCAAGUGCAGGAACAUGGAGCACGCGCUGGGGGAGAAAGCCAAAGCCUUCUGGGCUAUGAGACGCUCCUACGAGGCCAUCAUCAAGCACAAUGAGGUGGAGGCUACCUGGCUGGAAGGGCGAAUCCGCCAGGAGUUUGAUAAGCUUCGUGAGUUCUUGAGAGUGGAGGAGCAUACCGUCCUGGAAGCCUUGGCCAAAGAGGCGAGACAGAAGAAGCUCUUGGCCCAGGAGAAGAUGAAGCGGCUCACGGAAGACACGGAGGCUCUGGCCCAUGAGAUCAAGCGGCUGCAGAUGGAGAUGAAGGAAGAUGAUGUUUCUUUUCUCAUGGUGAGGAGCUCACCAUCAUCACCAUCAUUCAGUGACAGAGACCAGAAACAUAAGAGCCGAAAGCGCCGCCUCUUCUGUACCAUGGAGCCAGAGCCCGUGCAGCACGGCAUGCUCAUUGAUGUCUGCAAGCACCUGGACUCCCUGCAGUACCGCGUCUGGAGGAAGAUGGUCAUGUCUGUUCAGUCUGUGCCUUUCAGCUUUGAUCUCAACACUGCGGCUGGCUGGCUCUCUGUGUCAGAUGACCUCACCAAAGUCACCAACCACGGCUACCGUGUGCAGGUGGAGAACCCGGAGCGUUUCUCCUCGGCGCCCUGCCUGCUAGGCUCGCGGGCCUUCUCCCACGGCUCCCACGCCUGGGAAGUGGACCUGGGGUCCCUGCCCAGCUGGCGGGUGGGUGUGAUGCGCAUGCGCGAGGACACCAGCGCCGAGGGCCACUCGCACAGCUGCUACCACGACACUCGCUCGGGCUUCUGGUACGUGUGCCGCACACAGGGGAUAGAAGGAGACCACUGCGUGACCUCAGACCCCACCACGUCACCCCUGGUCCCCGCCAUCCCACGCCGUCUGCGUGUGGAGCUGGAGUGCGAGGAGGGUGAGCUGUCCUUCUAUGACGCCGAGCGCCACUGCCACCUCUACACCUUCCACGCCCGCUUUGGGGAAGUGCGGCCCUACUUCUACGUGGGGGGCACACAAGGGGAAGGCCGCCCCGAUCCUCUGCGCAUCUGCCCCCUGCGCAUCACUGUCAAGGAGGAGCUAGAUGGCUGAGGCUGGCCUGGAGCCUGCCAGACGCUGUCCAGGCCUUGUGCUGUGGCUUUGCUUUCUUUCUGUACCUCUUCCUAAAGCCCACGCUCGCCUAGGCACCUCUACCGCCUGCUUUCUUGCCAGGAUCUUGCUACUGACCAGUCUGGUCCUUCUCCAUGGCUCCAGGGCCCAAGCCUCCCUCUUGAUUUUUGGUCCCUUCUCUACCCGCAUUUGAAAGCCCUCCAGGAGGCAGCUUGCGGCCUGGCUCUCCCCAGAGUCGUGCCAUCUUCUCGAUGUGAAUUUUCUGAAUCCUAAUUCCAGGAUUUCUGGGGAUAACGUUUACCUUUCGAAUAGGCCUGUUUUAAAAUGUAGGUUUUAUUACUAUCAAGGUAAAGUGAGGCCAACAGACCAGGAGACAACUGCCACUGAAAAGAGUUUGUUACUUAGAGCUUCCAAGAGGAGGGGCCCUGCUAUGGGGUGGCCGGGGUGGGGGGGGGAGGGCACACAGGGAAGCACCAGGUCCCCUAGGAGGCACGGAGUAAGGGGAGAGCAUGGACGAGAGACUGUUGUGGUUUUCAUCGGAAGCGACAGAUGAGACAGGUAUUGGGCGGAUAGGUUUAGGAUUGGUUAGUUUAGCCCUGAGCGGGGCAGUUCCCUGUGGUCAAUGAGCUCCAGAUGCAGAGUAUCGAGAAUACAGAAAAUAAUAAGACAUAGUUAAUACAGGGCCGUGGCCAUGGCUUUGGGGCAUGACCAAGGCUCAGUUUAUCUGUCACUUGAAACCAGUAUUUUAAAACUGCCUCAGAGAGCCUCCCUGGGGCCCCUAAGGGCUAGAGGCAAGGCUGCCAUCAGAUGAGUUCUGAUUUGUCUAUUUACACAUCUGGGAUGAUGUCCCCUGAAGAGAGGGUUCCAGAGCACUUAAGAAACACAAUUUUAAAACCAUGGCUUUAGGGGCCUGCCAGUGGCUCAGAUGGUUAAGAGCUCGCUCAAGAGUGUGAGCUCUGAGCAACAGCGGUUCGAGUCGCAGCCACUGAACUGCCAACAGGUGGCAGGAUGGCUCAGCUAAAAAAAAUAAAUAAAACCAUGGCUUUAGACCCAUUCCCUCUCUGGUCCUUAGUUUCCUCGCCUGUAAACAAGAUAGCAGGACUGGGAGAUGUGCCUCUGUAAUUGCUGUGGAGGCAAUUCCUCUGGUCACUGUUACAAAGAUAUGAAGGGAAGGAAGAGGGUGCAGUCUGGGGGUGGGGGUGAGGGUGAGGGUGGGGAGACGGACACCUGGAGGGAGACGGGAGAGAGCCCUCUCGUCUGUGCUCAGUCAGCCUGCUCAUCUUUUCUCUGCUGCUUUUGUGUGUUCAUCCUGAUUGCUCGUCCCUCUGCCAUGCCUACAGACUUGUACCUCCAUCUUUUCUUUCUCACGCAUGCCUACAGGUACAUUUUAAUGGUCAGCUCACCGUGUCCCGGGACAGCAUUGUAAAAGGAAAUGUUUUUCUGUAGCAGCAAUGUUCUCAUUGGAGCGGGGCACGUUCCUGACCACGGGCUCACGUCCUUUCUCCUGCCUGUGCCCCCCAGUUCACAGAAACAGACGUUUUAAACAGAAAUGAUCAUCCCACACUAUAAAUUGGGUAUAAGUGUAAUGUGUACAUUGAUAGGGGCCAUGGGAGGGACGUGGUAGGAAACGCCAUUGAGUCAAGGCAGACAGGUUGGGCGUGUGAGAACGGGGGGCAGACGGUGAGCAGGCCCGGCUAAUGCCGCUCAGGCUCAGAAAAGCUCAAAGCACUUUGAAGCCAAACACAUCUGAGGCCAGUGUGGACUGUUGACAAUAAAGUAUUUAUCUAGCCCAUCUAAUAUUUCUACAUAAUUCUCUUAACCUGAAAUUAUUUUGUUAGUUAUAAUAAACUUUUUUAAAUGUUUUUUAUUUCCAACUUAGAUGUUGGAAGAGUUUUGUUUUUUUUUUACAGGAUAAUUUGGAUAGCCUAGGCCCCUUUUUACAAAAAUGAAAAUGAUAUUUGAGCUGAAGCCCACUUUUUCUUAUGACAUUUUCCUUUCAGUGUUCUUGAAAGCAAAAGUUCAUCCAUGUUGUAGCAUGUAUUCGACUUUGUUCCUUUUCAUUAUCGGAUAGUAUUCUGCUGUAUGCAUAGACUACAUUUUAUUUAUCCAUACUUCAGUUGGUAGACAUUUAGAUUGUUGCCACUUUUUUGGCCAUUAUGAAUAACGCUGCUGUGAACAUCUGUGUAUAGGUUUUUGUGUGGACAUAAGUUUUCCAUUCUCUUGGGUAUAUUCCUAGGAGUAGACUGGCUGGAUUUAACCUUUGGAGGGACUGCCAGGCUGUUUUCCAAUAUGGGUGCACCAUUUUAUAUUCUUACCAGCCGUGUAUGGGGGUUCCAAUUCCUCUAUAUUCUUGUCAGCAUUUGUUAUUGUCUGCCUUUUAACUUAGCCAUCCUAGUGGGGGUGAUAUCUCAUUGUGGUUUCAGUUUGCAUUUCCCUGAUGCCUAAUGGUAUUGAGCAUCUUUUCAUGUUCGCCAUUUGUAUGUCUUUUUAGGAAAACCGACUUCAGAUCCUUUACCCAUUAUUAAUUAGGUUAUUUGUAUUUUUAAGUACUGAAGUUUUAAGAGUUCUUUAUACUUUCUAUAUACAAGUCCCAUAUCAGAUUAUAUGAUUUAUAAAAAUUUUUUCAUUUGUGGCUUGUCUUUUUACUUUCUUGAAGACGUCCUUCAAAACACAAAAGUUUUUAAUUUUGAUGAUGUCCAGUUUGUUUCUUUUUUCUUUUGUUCUAUGUGUCCCAGACUUCUUACUUUUGCCACUGCCCUUAGGCCCAUAUAUUCCGAGUUCUGGAUUUUGGCUUGGCAGGGGACAGUUGUCCUGUGGACAGGGACCCCUAGUCCAAGAGCCUGUUCUUUCUUCCAUUGAACCCUCUCCUACCCUUGUCUUCCACUUGCUCUUCACUAUUUCACUCUCCGGCUCAUCACUGUAUCCAGGCUGAAGACAGCUGCCCACCAGGCAGCCUCCCCUUCUCCAGCUUCUCCCGCGUUCAGUCCAUCACAGGUGCAUCUGCCAGACACACCAGCCUUCAAUCUCACCUCUCACCUGAGUGACCCCCACCCCUACCUGCCCAGGUACAGCUAGUUCUCCAGGGCAGCGUUCCGAGUUCACCUUUCUCCAGCUCUGGACCCAGAGUUCCCUGAUUUCUGUCACAUGCACACCCCCGCCAGCCCAGGCCUCUCGUUACCCUUCAGGCAGCUGGCCAUUGGAAUUGGAAUGUUCUGACAUCUGUGGCUUUGUCUAUUCUGGUUAUAUUGACCCCACCACUCACGUGCUGUGUCUCCUUGGGCACACUCUACUUUUCCUGAGCUCCUGGCCCUAUCUAAAAAUGGGGAUAACCCCCACCUUAUAAAGGUCUUGAUGUAGUGCUGUCCACGUGAGGACUCCCCAGGGGCAGCCAUCAAAAGCAGACUGCGAGCACCAAAGGAGACCUCGUAAGGUUCCCUCAUUGACCUCCCUAGCUCCCUGUCGCUUCCAUGUCUGCCACCAGUUAUUUUUUGGUCAGAAUUAAGUGCACCGUGGACAUCUGCUUCCUUGCUUCCUCCUGCUUGUGGAGGAGGAAGUUUCUCUCAACCGAGUUUGACGGUCUAUUUGUUGAUCUGAAGAGUAGAAGUCCGAUGAUCCCCGUGGGUGGUGGCAGUGCUAGGAUCCUCGGCACAGAGUGACUGUGCCAUCCUGGAAUUUUCCUCACUCCUUAGGGUGACAUGCGAGAGCGCUGUCCUGCACCCCUGCCCACCUGUGACACCAUUCUGUGCAGAGUGCCCAGCCUUCCCACGCCCCAGGCACACACACGUCCCAGGAGCUGCCUCUGGUGGCUUCUCCGGCCUGCGGGCUCUGUCGCCUUCCCUUGGUUGCCUUCUGUGGUCCUUCUCGGCUCAGUGGUGCCUUCUGAGACCUGCCCAGGCUCCCUUGGCUGCCACUGCACGUUGUCCGAUCUGCUGGAAGGGCACUUGGGUAGCAGAGCUACCUUUGCUGUGUUCUCUGCACAAAGACUUUGGAGUGCAGGAACCCCAUCAUCUUCACCUUUCUGCUCCAAGAUCCAGCUACGCUGCUGGGGAGUACCAUGAUUAGUGAAUGUGCCCUGGAGUUCAGGAAAGCUGUCCCUGAAAAUUCCAUAACACUGGCAGCAUCUUUGGCAGAGAGAAGGAACCUGAAAUCCAGUUUCCUGGGUCCAGACACCAACUUUUAUCAUUUAUGAGCUGCCUGAACCUUUCGAAUCUCUGCUCUCUUGUCUAAAAUAAUUACAAUAUCUACCUCAAGCUGUUGUGGGGAUUAAACGCGGUAAUUUUUUGGGACAAAUGCCAUGUAUUAUACCCUAAACAUAAUAUAGACUUAAUCCAUGUUGGCAAGUUCUUCGGAAAGUGGGAGGUUCUGAAUGUUGACACUGAUUCACAUUAAUGAAAACUCCCAAAGGCAAUUGAGAAAUGUAAGUUAUCCAUAUUAGGAGUGCCCAGAUUUCUUGAGAUUUUCAACAAGGAUGUAUAUAUAAAAUUUGCGUUUAUGAAAAAUUUCAGGAACAUGGGAAAAUGGUUAUGUUACAAUAAUCGAGAAAAAUAGGAUUCCGAGUUAUACACACAGACAUGCAACACGCACAAAAAGUCAAGCAGGAUCUUGUUUCUAAUUUGUGUGUAUUGUUUGAUUAGGUAAUCCAUUUUCAAAGAUAUAGAGAGUACUAGGAGAGUCUCCCACUUUUGCCCAAACACUCAGCUCUCCUCCUUUUGGACAAUUACAUUACCAUUAAAAAAAAAAAUCCAUCCAGAGAUGUUCUAUACACAGCAAUAUUCUGUUUAUGAGCGUGUCUGGUUCUGCCAAUAUACUAUCAUUGAAAAGCAGAUACUCUUGAUCUGUAUCCCUAAGCAACCCAACAAGAAGAGAAAAAACAAAGGAUGUUAUUAAAAUAAUUUCCUCCCCUCAGGGGGGAGGUUUGUCCUGGAUGUUUUCAUGCAAUCCAACUGAUGGAUUUAGCUUUUUGUUCUUGUUGAAAUAUUUCACCCAAGGGUUUUAAAACGGGGAAAAAAACUAAGUGGAAUUUAGUUGUUCCUGACAUUAGAAGAUAAACCUGAGACCUCAACAGAGAUUCUUAAAACCUCAGUCCUCACAAAGGUAUCUAGUGACUAAAUAGCCUAGUGGUUAAGCAGUUAGGAUAUGGGAUUGGACAAGCAGGGUUCAGACUCUGACUCAAGCACUGUGUGACCUUGGGAGAGUUACUUAGCCUCUCAGUGCCUUAGUUUCAUCACGUGAAAAAUGGAAAUACUGAUACCUUACGAUUAAUGAAGAUAACCUACCUCCUAAGGUGGUUAUGAGGCUAAAUGCACAAAUAUGUGAAACAGGAUAGAGUCUGGCUCAUACUUAGCAGUUGAGAGUCUACUAUUUGUUUAACCUGGCUCUGCUACUAAAUAGCUGUGAGACUUUAAAUAAAGCCAUUCAACUUCUCUUCUGUAAUCAGGGAAGCUAGGACACUUGUAUAUUUUUUUCGAGGUCUUUUCUAAUUCUAACCUCCUGUGAUCCACAGUUUGUGUCCCUAGUAAAAGCCUAGUGUCUUGCACACAGCAGGGACUUUUGCUGACCAAUAUUCAAGAAACUGGGUGUGGCACCAGGAGCUUUGCCUUGUGUUUUGAGCCUGGACAAAAAAGACUAAAGAGUCAUACUGUCUGAAGUAUAGAUUAUUCUAGAGAAGAGCACGUCUUGAAAAAUUGUUCCUAAAAUUAGUAAUCAGUCAUGCAUAAUAAAAUCGUAUUGUCACAUUCCA